CCCGGAGCUGCUGCUUCCGGUCGUCCGCCCGGAUCUGCUGCUUCAGGCGAUGCCCGCCUCGCCGUCGCCCUCCUGCUCGUCCCCCUCGUCGGUUACUUGACCACCUCGGCAUCAGCGGCGGGGGUGCUGGGAGGGGGGGUGUAUGGGCCCUUCUUCGAGCCGUUCAACCAUCGCAGUGCAGAGUAGGAAGCUCCUCUCGGAGGUGAUCAGGUUCACAGUGGCGAGUGAUUCAGAGCAUGAUGGAUGCACGGAUGUCUCAAAUGGUGCAGGGUGUUCACUUGGCUUUGGCGCAGGCCAAGCUUCAAGCACGUUAACAGAGUUGCUUGCAGGAUUUCUCACGUUCAUGAUCAUGCAUUCAAGCUGCAAGGAACUAAAUGUAUGUGUAAGGAAGGUGGUGCAGAUGUGGUGGAGUAUAUCUUCUGGGAUGGGCAUGAACCGGCCAAAGUUCAGGUUCUUCGUUGCCUUCUUCAGGUGGAGUGAAAUUGAGGUCUGGGACUACCAUGCCUGCAACUGGGCCAAUGAUCUGCUGCUGUUGUUUUUGACGAUCUGCCAUUGA